AUGAAGGUUUUCCUGCCAGGUGUUACUGUUGAAGAUGACGAUGAAGGUUUCCUGUCAGGACUUCAGGCUACAAAUGGAUGGCUGGAGCGAAACUUUGAGGUCUCCACCGUGAUCUUCCGCAACCUCGUGGCCUCUCCAUUAACCCCUGCCGUUCCCUGGUUCCCUCCAGAUGAGUCGUGGCCCCUCCAGUCAGGAACCAGCAGCGGAGAGCUCUCUGGAUCAGGAGAGGCCCAGGCCGAGGCCCUGUGGUGGGGACACCACCUGCAGGUGGCGCUGGUCAACACGGUGGCCUUCAGGGGCAUCUGGCAGAAGCAGUUUCUGUUCACCAACUCCCAGAACCUGCCCUUCAUCCUGUCUGAUUCGACUCCCAUCAAGGUGCCCAUGAAGUACCAGGCUGCAGAGGUCAGCUUUGGUCAGCUCAGGACGGGAUCGGAUCAGCGCUACACGGUUCUGGAGCUGCCGUUCCUGGGCCGCUCCCUGAGCCUGCAGGUGGUUCUACCCAGCGAGAGGAAGACGCUACUGUCCUCCCUGGAGGCUCAGCUCACACAGCGCCACCUAGCGUCCUGGGACACCGGCCUGCGCAGAACCAGGAUGGACAUCUUCCUCCCAAGAUUCAGAAUGCAGAACAAGUUCAACCUGAGGUCGGUGCUCCCCGCUAUGGGCAUCAGCGACGCCUUCAACCCCACAGCAGCCGACUUCACCGGGAUCUCAGUGGAGGAGGGUCUCUAUGUGUCUGAUGCCUUCCAUGAAGUCAGGAUAGAAGUCACGGAGGACGGGACCAAAGCAGCUGCUGCUACUGGUGAUAAUAUGAUAGAUAUUAAUAUAACAAAUAGAUAUUAAUCCGAGGGGCUGCAC